GAAUAACUUCAUUUAGUUUACGUUAUUCUUCCGGAGGGUGGAGGUGUAGCAUCCAUGCUAUCGCAUACCCGUUUAAAGCAUGAAUGCUAACAGCCGGGUAAAACACUGCACAUGCGUUCCGUGUUUUACUGCACACGCGGUUCCGUGUUUUACCAUGGUGGUCGCACCACCCAAGCUGGAAAUAAACAAGGAAGACCUCCAAAGUAGGUCAUAAAUAAGGAAGAACAAUUAGCAUAAGAAACGCAUUAGACCUUAAGCAAAACAUUGUAAAUUGUAAAAGCCCACCAGGAAGGCGACCCUCUUGACAAACAUGCGUUUGUCAAAGCGCAUCAAGUUGCGAAAGAGAAAAUUACGAGCGUAAACAUCUGGUGAACAAAUGUGCGCUAGCUUUCUUAAAAUGGGAGUAUAAAUAAAGCUAUCAGAACGGACAGAAGGUCAGUUCUGAUCGGACAUAGGAUCGUACAUCUUGUCCCUUCAACUCACUUAUGAGCAGCAUUGUCCCCCUACCCAAGGUAAGGCUUUACUGUCUCCAACAAACGCACCGUGUAUCAGCUGGCCGGUCAGCAAAACCCCAAUCCGAAAGGUUAACGUAUGCUAAAGUGGCAUAACGUCGUUCCUACGGUUUAGCAUAGCUGGAAGUUCGCUUUUCACCUGACGCAGAUUGAUUUCAAUUGUUACGCAAGGUCAAGUUCGAUUAGUUUACCGCGCCAAUCGCGAAGUGCUGACACAGCGCUGCCUCCAGGCCUACGACGCGAACCCGUACCGAACCUACAACGAUAAUUCCCACCACCACAUAUUAUCGAGACUGAUAAGGGAACAUGCCAAACCGGAACCGGAGUACAUCAUAGCCAGCGCCGAACUCGAGGAGGAUGUAAGUUUUGUAGCAACAAAUUCCAUUAAUGCAUUUCCUCUUAAUUUUAGAGACGUUGCCAGAGCUACAAAUACUGACGCAGUCUUGAAGAAGGUUCACCAGUACGUCAUGGAAGGGUGGCCUCGAAACCUGAGCUACGGUGCAGACCUGGCACGCUUUUUCAAUCGAAGCGAAGCCCUUUCUUCGGUUCGAGGAUGCAUUUUGCUCGGGGAGAGGGUAGUGAUCCCUACCAGAUUACGCGAGAAAUGUCUGAAGCAGCUACACGAAGGCCAUCCCGGGAUGCAAAGGAUGAAGGCACUUGCCCGGAGUUAUGUAUACUGGCCUAGCUUGGAUGAGGACAUUUCCGAGUGCGUUAAGACUUGCCAUGCAUGUGCGGUAGCCGCAAAAUCGCCUCCUCAUGCGAAACCAUUAUCCUGGCCAGCCACUAAACAGCCCUGGGAAAGAAUUCACAUCGAUUAUGCAGGGCCCAUUAACGGCGAAUUUUAUUUGGUGAUAGUCGACGCAAAUACUAAAUGGCCAGAGGUUAUAAAGGCAAAUUCAACAUCGACCGCUGAAACAAUUGCUAUUUUGAGAGGCGUAUUUGCUCGUUUUGGUUUCCCCAUUACACUCGUGAGCGAUAACGGGUCGCAGUUUUCAAGUACUGCAUUUACCGAUUACUGUUGUAGCAAAGGCAUACAACAUGUUACAAGUCCACCGUUUCAUCCACAGUCGAAUGGGCAAGCAGAACGUUUCGUCGACACCUUUAAACGGUCGGUCAAAAAGAUAGAAGAAGGUGGAGCGUCCCACGGAGAAGCUCUCGAAAUUUUCCUCCAACCGUACCGAUCAACGCCCAACGCCGCUCUCGAAAACCAUCGCUCGCCUGCAGAGGCAAUGUUUAAUCGAAAAAUAAGAACAGCGAUGGAACUGCUAAAGCCUCCGCCGACCACUGAAACGCUGCCUGAGGAACAUGGUCGGGGCUUCAAGAGUGGUGAUUGCGUUUACGCGAAGUGGUAUUCGCGCAACUCUUGGAAAUGGGUUCCCGCGCAGGUUGUUCGCAUUAUAGGGAAUGUGAUAUAUGAGGUUAAGACGGAUGACGGCCGUAUGCAUCGCCGUCACGUAAACCAGCUGCGGAAACGGGACAUCGGCAGUUCAGAGCAGUCAACUAAUCUCGCGGCUCGUACGCAAUUGCCGCUAGAUCUGCUCAUCGAAGGACCAAGAGAUGUCGUGCCAGUUGAGCACCCUACAGUGAUAUCCUCACCGCUCCUACCAUCAUCAUCCGACGGGGUCCGUGGUAUGACCUCCUCAUCGCCGUUACCAUCUCCACGACCAGUACCUGUCCAACGAAGAAGACGUCAGCAGCCGGUACAAUCGCCACGCCGGUCCAACAGGUCCAGACAAUUCCCGCGUAGGCUUGAUGGGUACCUGCUGCAAUAAGAAGGGGGAGAUGUUAUGGGCCAACCUGAUGGUCCCGUAGAUCGCCACCGAGGACACUCAUCGGGCGUAGAUCGAAGUGUGUGUGCGAUCUAUCGGGAGGUCAGCGAACGCCCGCUCGGCACGAUCCGU